CCACGACCUCCGCCUCUCUCCCUCGCAGCGCACUGCCUGGCUCACUGACGCUGCUGGCGGCAGCAGCCAUGGCCUCCUCGCCCUCCUCCUCCUCCUCGGCGCUGCCGACGGCGGCGCUCGUGCUCAAGGCCUCGUGCGACGAGCGCACCAAGCGCCUCGUCUGGCCUGCCGCGCCGCUGCAGGCACUGCGCUGGGACGCCUGCCGCCGGCGCCUUGCAGAGGCGCUGCAGUUCGCACAGACGGACUUCAGAGUGGAGUGGAGGGAUGAUGACGGCGAUGUGUGCGAGAUUUCGAGCACGGCCGACCUGCACGAGGCGCUCUCCUACCACAUCUCCUCCGAUCCGUCGCGGCGCAGCGAGCCCGUGACGAUGCGCGUGUCGGUGCGCGUCAGCACGGCCGUCGAGCUGUCUGACUUUGGCUCGAGCUUCGGAUCAGCGUGGGGCGGCAGCAGUGUCGGCAGCCUGGACCUGUCGCGCCGCGGCGGAGAGGAGAGCGAGGGCGACUACUACAGCGGCUCCGACGCGGCGAGCGAGUACGAUGAGGAGCGGAGCGCGUGGGCGGCUGUGCCUAAUCAGCCAAGAUCGGGCAGCGCAUCGUGGGACGAGCUCUCCGGCAGCGAGGGCGCCGACGAGUGGAGCAUCGCCGCUAGCUCCGUCUCGGGCUCGGGUCCUGCGGCACAGCGCGCCGGCCCAUCGCGGAUACUGGCUGGCCCAGCUCAACGGCAGCAGGAUCGCUCGCUGUCAGGAGGCUCUUCCAGGCCCUAUCACUCCUCCUCUUCGCCUUCUUCCUCCGAGUCUGAGCCUUCAGACGCCGAGACCGAGUCUGGCCUUGGCGUCGGGACCAACUCCUCGUCUCUCGCCAACGGCGCACGCUCAAAGAAGUUUGCCAAGGCACGCCGCAUGGUGGCUGCACUCGAUGCGCUGGCACUACUUCCGCAGCAUCAGACGCACGGCUAUCUGCACGAGGGCAUCCGCUGCUCGACGUGCGGCAUCGAUCCGAUCCGAGGCGCGCGCUUUCACUGCAUCGAGUGUCCGGGCGGACGAGACUUCUGUGCGCCUUGUGAAGCCGCCCCGCCCUCCGCCUCGACGACAGAGGGCCAUCAGGCGACACAUCUCGUGCUCAAGCUCACAAUGCCAGUCUCCACCUCCGCCGCCGCCUCGUCGCUUGGCAUGUCUCUUCUGCACGCACAGCAGCGGCUCUAUGCCGAGGCGGCCGCACACGCAAUGCGGAGGAGUGCGUCAGAGGGCAGUGUCAGCGCCAGUGGCAGCAGCAGCAGUACAGCUGCAACGACGCCCAACGGCUCGCAUUCCCACACGACCUGGCAGCCGUCGCCGCCGCAGCAGCAGACGAAGUGCGACUACUGCAGCGGCAUGCUCGAGGGCGUGCGCUACGUCUGUGCCAACUGCCCGCUCGGCGAGACGGGAGAGGGCUACAAUCUCUGCCGGACGUGCGAGGUGCACUCGCUCGCUUGCCACGACCCGGCGCACUUCUUCCUCAAGAUCCGCGUGCCCAAGGACGGCAGUGGGCGUCUCGCGCUGCAGUCGCCGCUGUAUCGCAACGAGAGCCUGCUGCCGAUCUUCUACAAGGACCUCUCCGCCGACGCACCUCCUCUGGGCACUGCUGCCGGUAGCCAGCAGGCCUCGCAGCCGCAAGGCAGCUGCGGCGCCUCACGCUGGGCUCGCGACUUGACAGCUGCUGCAGCGGCCGCGUCGUCUGCAGCGGACGCGUCAGGCGUCAAAGGCCGGCUAGGCGGAUGGCGACGACGCAUCAUGGAUGAGAUCGAGCUGCGGCGCUUGACCGAGACGAGUGGCGCACGGCAACGGCAGCUCGUGCCACUGAGCGCGCUCAUCCACCCGUCCAUCCUGUGCGACCUGUGCUACGAGGUCAUCGAGGGCCCGUGGCUGCGAUGCUGCAACUGCACCGCGUCGCACGACCUGUGCGUGGGAUGCGAGGGGAAAGUGGCGCAUGACCCGUCCCAUGCGUUUGCCGUCUUCAAGCAGCCGCUCGACCUGGACCUCUUCAAGUCGGCCAUCGACCUCUCGGCCGACUCGGGCGCCGCACGGCCGCUGCUGCCGUUCCGCAUCGUCUAGCCCCUCGGCUCCUGCUGCGCCUGCACGGCUGCCCGUGCACGCUUCUGUCUCUGCUCCCUUCUGUCGUCACCACCACUGGGCCAAGCAGCCGCCUGCUUGAAUGCAUCCGUCAUCUAG